CACAGACAACCCGGGUCCCUCCCAUAAUGCCCUUCUCCGACCCGCCCUCUCACCCACUGACCUACCAGCCACAAGGACGUCCCGUCAUCAACCACACAGGGCAUGUCUGUGGCUAGCAGCCCACAAAGACACAAAUCAAAUGAACACAAACACUGACAUCCUGUCCAAUACGGUCGCUACACUAUGUACAUACACAGUACAGGCAUAUGCAUAUACAGUAGCAUUUUACUUCCUGUUCUUGCUUCCUGUAUGGUUCAAACUCUCACCAGAGCCUUGUGUACAUUAUAAAAAUCUGAAUGUUCUGCCAUUUUUAACAAAUUCAGAAUACCCAAUGUUACAAAUGUAUUUUCCUGUAUUUUGAAAAUACAAAAUACAUGUAUUUUAUCUUGAUACAUUUUCUUGCUCCAGUAUUUUGUAUUUUAUUUUGAUACAUUUAGUUGAGAUGUAUUUUGUAACAAGAUACAUUUUGAUAUGGAUAUGGAUAUGUGUUGUGUGCCCUGAGGGUAGGCAAUCCUACAAAUGGUAUGGGUGUAAAAAUGUGUACUUUGUAAUUCACGUCAGACCUUUUUCUCAAAAUUUGUGGUAGCUAUGAUCUAUUAAUCUACCAUGUUUAUUGUGAAUUAAUCUGACCUUCAACAGUGGACAGUCAGUGAUGUUUUCCAGGACAGUAUCACGCAUUUUCUUCAGUGUGUUCUUUCUUUCUUCAUGAUGCACCCCUGGGAUCAGAUAUAUACAUUCCAAACUCCUGCCAGGCUCACUGACAGGCUGACCUGGCCAAUCCUGGCGUUUGAGGGCGGGAACUUCCCAGAUUCAUCCUAGGAAAAACAUAUCCGCUGGCUCCGCGGGACAGACGAGGCUCCUCCCUUUGUUUUGCUCCGGAAAGUACAUGCGUGCGUUUUUACAGUCUCUGGUCCAGACUAGCUCACACCUAACCUGACAGUGUUUUCUGUGGUCCCGUGAUGAAGCCAAGACAGCCAAGCAAGACUGAUAAGUGAAAAGGUUUCAAAUCUGUCAGAGAAUGGCAUUUACACAACCACCAAACUUUUCCUGGGUAGUUCCAAACAAGCUGGCGGGGUUGGCUAUGCCUCGUAUACCUGCUCACUAUCAAUUUCUCCUGGAGAAUAAUAUUCAGCACCUGGUCUGUUUAUGUGAGCGGAGACCUCCCUAUUACGACACUUGUCCAGAAUUGAAACUACACCGUGUUAAAAUAGAUGACUUCUGUGCUCCUAGUAUGGAUCAGAUAAAAAGGUUUCUGUCCAUUGUUGAAGAGGCUAACUCAAAAGGAGAGGGGGUGGCUGUGCAUUGCCUACUCGGCUAUGGGAGAACUGGGACAAUGCUGGCUUGCUACCUGGUGAAGGAGAGAAAGAUCACCGGUGUUGAUGCCAUCACUGAAAUCCGCAGAAUACGCCCUGGUUCCAUCGAGACUCAUGAGCAGGAGAAAGCAGUGGUGCAGUUUCACUAUCACAUUAAAUAAGUUUCUAAUAAUCAGCCAAAAAUGACUCAGUUGCAAUACCAGUGUUAAUGAAAGACAAAGAGCUUGGAAUAAUUUAUUUUGGUGUCUUAUUCAAGCUGUUACCUAUUGGUGUAUUUACAUAUUAAUACACCAAUGUUAAAAGUCAUCAGGUUUGAAAUUCCCUGGUUACAAAGGAAGUGUAUUAAAUGAAAAUAGGCUGCUAAUGGAAAACAGUUGAAAUAAGCUACAGAGGUUUCUUUCAGAGCUGUCCAACUAUAAUCAUAGUUAUAUUUUUAAAAAAAGGAAGUGGAGAGCUCUCGCAACAAUUGACCCUGGCACUCCUGGAAAAUCCAAACACUCAACCUAUUGUCCCUUCAGACAUCAUUGAUCAGUUUCACCUGAUCACUUAUUUAAUUAGGAGCUGCAAUCGUGAAACUCAGCGUGAAGCUUUUAGUGGCAUAAAAUCUGAAAUAAAGGGAGAUAGGUAGUGUGUUGUAGAUAGUACUCUUCUAUGCCAGUUAAGGCUAUGCAACUGGAGGUGACAUCUGUGAUAAAAUACAAAAACUCCUGGAUACACAAAUAAUCCACUUCCUCUUGAGAACAUGAGGUAUUUCUAAUCCUGUUGUGUGUGUGUGUGUGUGUGUAUUGCUGCUCUGUGCUUUGGUGGGGCUCUAGCUGCUGCCCUGUGCUCUGGAGAAGCUGUGGCUGCCUUUUUUUCAAGGGACUGUUCCUGCUUAUCAUAGUCAUCACUGUAAUAGAUCAAGGUCAACUAGAAUGUAAGGUCUAUGAAUAAACUUUAGUGUUGUUGCUUCAGAAGUUGUUUAGCAGUUACCUGAUGAAGUUUGAGAGCUGUAUAAUCUUAAAAUCUUACCAGUCUUAUCUUAUGACCAUUGUAAGGGUUCAUAUAGUUGGCAAGCUAUAGCAUGGUUAAGUAGGUAAAAUCAGGAAUAGUUUAUUAUUAUUAUUAUUAUUAUUAUUAGUAGUAGUAGUAGUAGGGAUAGUAGUAGUAGUUGUAUUUAUUGUCUUGUUGUGUUGUUAUUAUUACUUAACCCCUUUGCUCACAUGCCAA